UAUGGUGUAUUAUAUGAAAUAUAUAUAGGUUUUUGUAGGUAAAUUGGAUGAGAGCACAUGAGAAGCAGCAAUUCAUCUUCAGUAGUAGUACUUUUUUAAUAUUUUUGGAAUAAAUUAAUGUUUUAGAGACAUUAUAAAGUGAAUUUUAUAUCAAUUUGGAGGCACACUCCAGCACCAAAACCGAGGCGAUGGCGUCUCAUUUUCUAAAGUUCUCAGUGCUGGUGCAGAAAUAUCGGACGCCUCUUUUCGUUGCCGGCUGCAGCGUCGUCUUCGCGGCCGACAUUUUCUACCACGUCUUCCCAGAGACCACGUACCGAAAGCUCUAUCAGGCCUGGAGCAAAGGAGCGCCAACAACUUUGUCGGAGAAGCUGGAGGAGGUGUUUGUGCAGGUGCUGAAAGACUCGGCGGUGGGUUCUCCUGGCAGCUACACGGCUUUCGCCGCGUACGGUUUCCAUCCGGUCGGCGCAGGGAUUCCGUGGCUUCCCUCGGGAGCGCAUAUCGGCAUCCCGUCCAACUUCAACAGCACCCCGGACGAGCCGUCGGGAAUCACUAACCGCACCAUUCUCAUCAACGGGAAAGAAGUGGAUUGGGACAGUGAGACAGGAAGCACACUGAGAAACGCCCUGGUGGUGUCGGAAGAUGCUCAGAAGUUCGCCGUGGCACGCGAGGUGGCUCGGUUGAAGUGUGCCGGCCCUAUCUUGCAUGCUGCUGUGGCUCCAACCUGCUUGGCUGGAGCCUGGAUCUACAGCGUGGCUCUCAAGCAAAUCUUCGGUCUUUUCGCCCGAUCUGUUAUCCUCAGAGCCGGGGUUAACGCGCUCGCUCUGGGUCUGGGAGCUGUAUCUUACUUUUUAGCUUCUGACACUGUGAAUCAGCGGCUGGAGUUUUAUUCAGACCGGCGCGCUGCCAGCCUGUCCAAGAGCUACGCGAAGGGUGGGGUUGAGUUCUAUGAGAAGAUUCUGCUCAGGAAUCAGACCCUGCGUUUGCUGAUGGGGCAGAAAGGAGCGGAGAUGUACACACCGAGCGGCAAUCUGUUCCCCGCCAGCCUGAUGAGCAUGAAACAUGCGCCGUACACGGCGAGGCGCGACCGAAUUCUCAGUCUUCUGAAAGACGAGAAAGAAUAAAUUGGGAAAAAAAAUGACUGCAUUUAUAAGGACUUGAUUUAUACAUGUUGUAAAGAAGGCUGUUAAGAUCAAAUAUACUGUAUGUCCUGUUCAUCGAAAAAAGUUUUUAAAGUAGCAGUGAAAAGCUUUCAGGGUUUUCUCGUAGAAAAAGAAUGAGCGGCAAUAAAGAUUUCCUCACACGUU